GCCGGGACUACGUUUCCCAGCGAGCGCCGCGGCUGUGACGCCUGCAUCCGGGUCACGUGGCCGGUCUUGCCCCGCCCCUGGCCACGCAGGCCGCUUUCGCUGCUGGAGCGGCUCCUUCUUGCAAGGCAGGCGGCAGCCUGAAGCAAGAUGGCGGGCAAAACAGGGCCAGAGCACCUCUUCAACCCCGCGACGGAGAUGGAGGCGGCAGGAAGCGUCCUGGGCACCAAGAUCAACCUGCCGGCCCUCUUGCCCCAAGGACCGGCCAAGGAGUGGCUGGACCAGCGCCGGGCCACCAUCCGGCCCUGGGCUAACUUCCUGGACCAGCGGCGCUUUGGGAAGCCCCGCAACUUUGGGGAGCUCUGCAAACGCCUCGCCCGCAACGUGGAGUAUUUCCAGAGCAACUACGUCUUCGUCUUCCUCGGCCUCAUCGUCUAUUGCCUCAUCACUUCUCCGCUCCUCCUGAUCGCGCUUGCCGUCUUCUUUGGAGCCUGUUACAUCAUCUACCUGAAGACCCAGCAGUCCCAGCUGGUGCUCUUUGGUCGGGAGCUGAGCACUGCCCACCAAUAUGGUCUGGCCGGAGGCGUCUCCUUCCCCUUCUUCUGGCUGGCCGGAGCCGGGUCGGCUGUCUUCUGGGUCCUGGGUGCCACAUUGGUGGUCAUUGGUUCACAUGCGGCCUUCCAUGAGUUGGAGUCCAACGAAGCGGAUGAGCUGCAGAUGGAGCCGGUGUGAAGCGCUUCCAUGCCUCCCUCCCAAAAUCCUCCCUCCUCCCCGUCUGGGUUCCCAAAUGGAUCGCCAGAUCUUCUCUCUUUUGCGUUGCUGUUCCAUAUCUAUGCUGUACAUACUGUUGCUGCUUCCCUUGAUUUCUGUGUGCCAUUUUCUCCUUUGAGGUCCCCAAGAGGGGGGUCUUAUUGGGGGUUGGGGGAAUCCCCCCCUUGUUUAAAGCCACCUGGGACCUCCAUGCUCCUUGCAUUUCCAGGCUCCCCCAUUCCCCAAAUAGCUAAGGAUGUCCCCCUUCUUCGAGUUCCUGCUCCCCUUGCGCUUUGGGGUCUCCCGUCCAAGGCCUCAUGCAAUGCCUUGCUAAGAACUUUCCUUCUUCCGCUUUCUAUCCAGCAGCCAAGCUGUUAAGGUUUAUUGCAGACCCCCUCAAUUCACAGCCUCUUUUCUCAACUUACUGGAAAAAUUAAAGGCCUUAAAACUGGAA